CAAGCAAUGCACCCGGAAACAAAGAUCGAGUCUUGCUUGCAAGUUCUACGGCAGAUGGGUGAUUGUAGAGGAUAUGCCGACAGAUUUUGCAAACUACGAAUCACAGAAUACUUAACCCCCUGGCUUUGCGUUUUAUUUAAAUAGGCUGAAGUAGAAAAUGAGCGAGUUUAAUGGGAAGCCUUUCGUAAUGGCGGAGCUAAAGGAUUUCAACAAUAAAGCAGAGAUGUUUGCUGCAGUCAGGAAUGACUGCGAGGAAGUGAACGGCAAAAAUGUUAAAAAAAUUGACGGAAAAGAAUCUCUUGUACUAUCCAACAGUGGUGUCAAUGUGGAAGUAAAAAGUGAUCAAAAGACGAAACGGUCUCUGAUCAUAAGUCUUUUAAUAUUGGGCUUCAUGGCGCUGUGUGUUGCAGUUAUUGUUCUGAUCGUACGCAUAAACGACAAGCAGAACCAGCCCAUCAAUACAUGUAUGACCAGAGAUUGUGUGACUGUUGCAGCUAAACUGAUGCAAGGUGCCAACUUAUCGGUAAAUCCAUGUGAAAAUUUUUACGAAUUUGCUUGUGGAGGUUGGAAAGCCAAUUCAUUCUUACCGGCAAGCAAAUCAGAAUGGAAUGGAUUUGCUAGCGUGAGGGACAAAAACGCAAACAUUAUCAAACGAGUUCUUAAUCUAAAAGACAGAACAUACAAAAAUGAAAGUGCCGUAAAAAAAGCGUUCGAUUUUUAUCACUCGUGUAAUGACGAAGCUCGUCUUGACCUUCUAGGUGCCAAGCCCCUGAAAAAACUCCUUGUAGAUUUGGGCUCUUGGCCGAUUUUAAAUGCAUCAUGGAACGACACAGAUUGGCAAAUAGAGGACGAAAUCGUUCGCUUUCACAACAUAUUUUUCAGCUACUAUCACCAUGGCAGACCAGCACCAAUUUUCAACUCAUAUGUCAAAGUUGAUGACAACAAUUCAACAAGUAAUGUUAUUUCUAUUGAUCAACCAGUUUUUACAAUUGUUCCAAGAAAUUACCAAACAAAUAUGAAACAUUGGAAAGAGAUUUUUGGUGCGUAUGAGAACAUGGUAAAGCGAUAUGUGACGCUUCUUGGAGGAAACUCUUCAACAAGUGACAUAAAGGACCUUCUGGAUCUUGAAAUGAAACUUGCAAAUGCAUCAAUACCAGUGACAAUUUUCAGAGAUGUGAUGAAAAGCUACAAAACCCUUCCACUGGGGGAGCUGACAAGGGUAACAAAUAAUAAGUUUAACUGGAAACAAUACCUCCAGAAAACUUUUCAAACGGUCAAUGUGCGCAUUUCUGACAACACACUAAUCGGAACGAGGUCACUUGAAUAUUUUAAGACAAUCAGUAGCCUCGUUGCCACGACGCCAAAAAGAGUCAUUGCAAACUACUUUGGCUGGAUUGUCGUUCAAAAAUUUGGCAUGCACCUUUCAAAAGAGUUUCGUGAUGCAGAAUUCAAGUUCCGCCAGGUGGCUCUCGGCGUUGAUAAGGACACUGAUCAUUGGUUCAAAUGCUUCGAAGUUGUAGAAGAUAAUUUGGAUAUGGCCAUCGCAAGCCUGUUUGCACAAGCAGUAAAGCCUAAAAAAGCAGUUGAUGUGGGCAAGCAGAUAAUUGAAGGUGUGAAAGCUACAUUUUCAGCUGGACUUGACGGUCUUAAGUGGAUGGAUACAAAGACAAAGGAAGAAGCUAAGGUCAAGGCCAGCAGGAUGAUACAUAAUAUUGGCUACCCAAAGUUUGUCGAUGAGCCUGAAAAGCUUAAUCAAAUUUACAAUACGCUUUCCAUAUCAAAAGGGAUGCAUUUGGAGAAUGUAGUCAACAGUUACAAAUGGAGACGUUUGAAGAAUCUAAAUCUUGCUACUGAACCUGUCAACAAAAGACUAUGGGAUCUUGCACCAACAAUAGUCAAUGCUUAUUACGAUGUUUCAAAUAACAAAAUGGUGUUUCUCGGUGGAAUAUUAGAAAAUCCAUUUUUAGCGUCUUCGAGGUUUGGUUCAUUUGGAUUUGUUGUUGGGCAUGAAAUGACGCAUGGCUUUGACGAUCAAGGUCGCUUGUAUAAUAGCAGAGGAAAUCUAAAAGACUGGUGGUCAAAAACAAGUGCUGCUGCAUUUAAAACAAAAGCUUCCUGCAUCCAGAGACAAUACUCUUCAUACAAAUACCUCGAUCUGCAUGUUAAUGGCAACAUGACCCUUGGUGAAAAUAUUGCUGAUAUUGGAGGCUUGAAAGUUGCAUAUAAGGCAUUCAAAGAAUGGGAGGAAGCAAAUGGCGUAGAACCGAAGUUGCCAGGCCUUUCUCUAAAUCAAGAUCAACUGUUUUUUUUGUCUUUUGGGCAGCUUUGGUGUGGUUUAUAUAACGAGAAAAGAGGGAGAGAAAUGAUUCAAAGUGACGUACACAGUUUACCAGAUUUGAGAGUUAUCGGUCCACUUUCAAAUAUGGCUGAAUUUUCUGAUGCUUUCAACUGUCCAGCGAGUUCUCGAAUGGUGAGGAAAGAAAGGUGUCAGAUUUGGUGAAUAAAAGAAAAUGAAAAACCAAGCAGAAGCUUAAUGUCAAGAGGACAGGAAUUUCUGACGAUCUGCUGUUUUUGACAAAGGUGCCCAGCGUUUGGUAGAAAAGACAUUGCUCUAUAAGAUUAAGUUAUUUUGAAAACUUUUGGUCUUAGAAGGUGUAAAUCUGCAGAUACACAACUAAUAUUGGAUAUAGGCAAACCAGACUGACAUCUUACACGGCUUAAAAGCAAGAAGAAAAAUAAAGUGAUAUUAUUUCAUUUCUUAGGUAGUCACGAGUUUUGGUAUAAUUUAUAUUCAAUAAAAUAUUCUUUGAUGAUUCCAAUGCACGUUAACGUAUUGCAGAUUUUAAAUUUGAUGCUGCUAUAAAAUUAUGCUGUGAUUGUACGAAUGUAGAAAAUUGGGCAAACGGCUACAUAGGAAAAUAAAAUAUUGUAUAGAAAUGUAAUGGGAAAUUGAAACAAGUUAUUGAAGAUAUAUUGUAUUAGUUAAUCAUGAAUGAUUUUAAUUUUGA